AUGCACGAUGACCAACAUGGUUUCAGGGAAUAUGCUUGCAAAAGGAUAGAUACCUAUUCAGACAUGUAUACAAGAUUAAAGGAUAUAUACAAUGUUAAGGCUGCCAUCAAAUGCGAGAGAGUCAAAGAGUCGUACCCUAAAAGUAAAUUCAAAUCGUAUUCAAUGGCGUUGGAAAAGGUAUUGAUGAAAUACAACAAUUCAUAUAUUGCACCUGAGUGGUAUGCCAAAAAGGGAUUGGCAACACUUGUGUUGUCCAAAACACAGAUCACUGGACUCAUGUCUAAAGAGCCGCCACUUUCUGAGUUGUCAUCCAAUUUAUCGCUCUCUGGCGCCGUAUAUUGUAAUACUAAUCACGACAUAACGGACGAGAUAUUUGAAAACACAGUAUUGAAGUACGAAUUCCUGGGCAAUGGUAUCCAACAAUCGGAAAACAUGGCCGAAAUCAUGAUUGAAUGUGUCAUUCAGGGCAGAGCGACUAUACCGACCAGAAUUUGGAAGGAUUUUGUAGGCCUCUGUUGGCCAUACAUUCAAUUACGUCUGACGGCAAUAGUGCGCGCAGUAAUUAUGCCCGAUCUACUGUUUUUGGCGGUGGGCGACCACUUUAGCACUUAUUGCAAACGGUCUCAAUACCACCAAAUUAAAUACGCUCAGAUUACCAACAGCAAACUGGCCGAAUCCAAACAAUUACGCGACCGUUUCAUCGGUUACUUAACCGAAAUGUUUAACGAGAAUAGAGUGCAGGCGGAGGACUUGAGCCAAAUUAUAUGAUAUUUUCGUGAUGUAACUGAACUGCAUCCCGACGAAGAUGGUUUCAGGGACUACGCCAGGGAGAGGCAACUUUUUUUCACAGGUCAAUAUGAAAGAAUGGAAGAGAUGUACAAAAUUCGCGAAGCCCCGCAGUGCGAGCCAUUGAAGGAGUCCUAUCCACCUGGGCAAUUUAAAACAUACAUUUUGGCCUUGUCCAAGAUAUUGAUGAAAUCACCUGUUAAAUUUAUUUCGCCUGAAAUUUAUCUUAAAAAACUCAUAUCAAUGGACCCUGGUCAAUGGGCCGCUCUACCAUUCAUGCUACCGAUUACCGAUCCGGCAGCUUAUGUACCCUUUUUUGAUUCGAAACUCGCAAAACCCAUCACUGAUUUAGCACACAAUCUUCCCAUUUGGGACAAGGCAUUUGGUGGUGGUGGAGGGGGUUCACCCUUAUCAAGCAUACCAUUCCUUGGCGGUGGUGGAGGAGGCGGUGAUAAAGGUGGAGGCAGUUCACCCCUGUCUAGCAUACCAUUCCUGGGUGGUGGUGGUAGUGGCAGAGGUAGUAGUUCACCCCUGUCUAGCAUACCAUUCUUUGGUGGUGGUGGAGGAAGUUCGCCCCUUUCGGCCAUCCCUGGCAUGGGUGGAGGGUCAUCACCACUCUCGGCCAUCCCUGGCAUGGGUGGAGGGUCAUCACCACUCUCGGCCAUCCCUGGUAUGGGUGGAGGGUCAUCACCACUCUCGGCCAUCCCUGGCAUGGGU